UCAAAUCCCAAUGGGCUGGCUCUCAUUCUUGCGUAGCCCACGGUACAAAUAACUGCAAAACCACACCGACCGAGCUUCAUUGGCCGCAAGCGGUGCGGGAUGGCGAUGUGUGCCGAUCCUUCCUCCAAAUUCAAUCCAAUCGAUCCAAUGAUGAGUGAUGCAAAAGAAAGAGAGUGCGGCCCUUUCCACAGCACUAUACGAAUCGAAUCCAGAAAACAACGUGCGGCUAGCUAGUUCUUGUUGUUGUUGAUACAUACAGUAUUAGUGAACAAUGACACGCUAUCGAUUCUCUUCGUGUCGGGUACUCCUGCUCCUCUUGGCGGUGACAUGUAGUGUCCACGGCAACAAUAGUGACAACAAUGACAAUACGAAUGUCUUUGUGGAAUCAUUUGACAAUUUUGCCAUUUCAGCGGGAGCAUCCAGUGCGGCCGGACUGAUCAAUCCGAUCAAAUUGGCGUUUUGGACAACUCCCAAUCGCGAUUGGUCGUCCACUCUCUUGGGUCGACUGGAAGGUUUAGUGACACGCUUUGAUGACGCCCAUUUGGUAGUCUUGCAUCCGCAUCAAGCCGUGACGGAUCACGAUGGAGAAUGUCGAGCCGAACGAGUCGAUGACAUGACGGAAGACUGUCUCGCCAAUUGUGUCAAUUUGGGGCGUUAUUGUUAUAUUGAUUUUGAUUUGCAGGAUGAUGACAAUAAGGAUGAAACGCACGCUGGAUUGACGGGUGCCGAUAUAGUGGAGGAGAGUGUGCGACGAUUGUGUGUUUGGAAGGAAUACGCCCACACCAAUGUCACCAAGCUGUUCGAAUACGUGGCAUUAUUGAAGAGCACCAAUUGCGACAUGUCCCUCAGUGACAAUUGCAUUCAUCGCGUCUUUGAUCAAGCCGGCAUUGACGACGUUAAAAUUCAAGACUGUUUUCACAAUUCCGGCGGCGUUGGACCGCAAAUUGAUACCAAGAAUGACAUUCUCGAUCAAGAAUUGCAUCGCACCAAGCACAUUCUCACUACCAAUCAAAAUUUGACGUCGUACGACCUUUUCCCCCAUUUGGCCAUUAACAGUUUUGUCAUGACCAAUUUGACCGCCAUGAGUGAUUGGCAAAUCAUGGCAUCGGUCUGCAAUGCAUUUCCCAUGCCCAAACCGGCACUCUGCGAUUUUUGUUUGCUGGAAUGUCCUCAUGGCAAUGAUAAUCACGAUCCGACACGACAAUGUUUGUGGGAUUUGACCUGUGGCGAUGACCGCAAUCUCGAUGAUUGGAUGCUAGGAACGGGACCUGUCUUUGGUGCUAAUGGAACGUAUGCCAAUAAUAAUAAUACGCAAACUGAGAUUGACGAUACCGCAGAACCACCCACGGAGGAACCAAAGGAGGACGAACCAGAGGAAACGACAGAGCCACCACCGGAAAACACGCAAGAUUCUGCUCCAGAGGAUGUUCCACCGCCUCCCAAUACCACUGAGACAAUCAACAAUGCCACCGACGUUGAUUCCACCACAACAGAAGAGUCAAUCGACGACACCACACUACCCGAAGUCAGCAACACUACCACCAACGACAAUAAUGAAACCCAGGCAGAACCACUCCCCAAACCACCACCGGCAAAUGACCACGGUAGUACUCCCACUGUACAAACGCCGCAGACGCCCACGGCGGCUCCAAGACCCAAACCAACUCCGAAUUUGCCACCGUACAUGGGAAAUGGAGUCUUGCCACAACCACCCUCACAGCCCUCCAAACAUACUCCCGCACAACCACCUCAUACCCGUGCCCCGCAUGGCAGUAGUAGUGGAGGAUCGCUCGCACACACACCCGCAAAGAAAAAGGCACCCAACACGACCGAUCCCAAACAGGCUCUGUCGGGCAUUCUCGUGGCCGUGCUCUGUGUAUCCGUCGUCAUUGCUGGAGCCGUGUUUUAUCGACGAUAUACGUCCGGCAAGGAGUUUUAUGCUGUGGCGGCCGAUCGAGAAGAAGGGGGACUGGCAUCGACGGCAUCUCAUGCUACGGCAUCCGACUUGGAGUUGCACGUCGAAAUGGGUCAUACCAAAGUGGGAAGUAACGGAUAUGCUCCACCUGCGUCGGCGUCCAGAGGGACGUGGAGUUAGUUAGGUAGUUCGUUCGUUAGACGAAUAUACAGUAUAUUUUGGUGUGAUUUCCCAUUGCUUUGUAAAGCAGAAAGGGAGGAGGAGAACAAGCAGGUUAUACGAAUUGUGCGUACGAUAGACUAUAGCGCAGGAAACUUUUUUAAUUUUGCAU